UUUAAUUUUGAUUGCAAGAACCUGUAAUGUAGAAACUAGAGAGCAAGAGCAGAGGGCUUGUGGGAUUUCCCUGUUCUUCUUUGCUGCAUAUUCCGCAAGAAAUGGCUGGUCUGGGUAGCACCGCUAAAGCGCCUUCACUUCCACCCCCACGCCCAAAGUCACCGCCUGAGUAUCCAGAUUUAUAUGGAAAGAGGCGAGAAUUAGCCAAGGUUCAAAUGCUGGAAAGAGAAAUUCGCUUUCUUGAGGACGAAUUAAAAUUCGUUGAAGGCCUUCAACCUGCUUCCAGAUCCUGCAAGGACGUUGCGGAUUACGUAACAGCAAAUUCAGAUCCUCUCAUGCCAGCAACUAAGAGAGUUCAUAGAUCUUGUUGCUUCUGGAAAUGGCUCUGGCCGAAUAUGUGUAUUAAGGUACAUUUUCCUUUGUGUACAGUGGAUCAUCAUGCUUCAGCUUUUCAUGGAUUUGCUGUCAAGGCUGUGUCCCUCAUCUUGAGAUGCCGCGCUGCUGUGGUUGUAGUAACUUGUGUGAUUGUAGUAUAUCAUCGUCGUGCCCAUCAUCCUGCCCAUCCAUCAGAUGUUCAAAACCCAAGUGCCACUGUUGCUCCUGCUCCUGCUUCAGUUCCCAGUGCUUUAGAAAGCCCGCAUGCGGCCUAA